CCGGCGGCGAGCGAGCGGGAGGAAGCGCGCUCGGGCCGGAUCAGCUCGUCUCCUGCUCGCCUCUCGUCCGCGAUGGCCACCGACGAGCUGGCAGACAAGUUGAGCCGCCGCUUGCAAGUCGAGGAGCACAAUGGCGAAGCCGAGCAGCCGCCGCAGCCGCCCGAGCACCACCCGGAAGCCGAGCCGGAGCCCGAGCCGCCUGCCUUGGACAGCGGCGCCGACGGCGAGCUGAGCGCCAAGUUGCAGCGGCGCACCGAGCUCAACGACCCCGCGCAGCUCUCGCCCGGCGGCGGCGCCCACCACCGAGUCUUCAGCCCCUACACCGAGUUCCGCGAGUUCUCCCGGAAGCAGAUCAAGGACAUGGAGCGGCUCUUUCGGCAGUAUGACGCAGGAAAAGAUGGUUUCAUUGACCUGAUGGAACUGAAGCUGAUGAUGGAGAAACUCGGCGCUCCCCAAACACACCUGGGGCUGAAAAACAUGAUUAAGGAGGUGGACGAAGACUUUGACGGCAAACUCAGCUUCCGGGAGUUUCUUCUGAUCUUUCGCAAAGCUGCAGCAGGCGAGUUGGAGGAAGACAGCGGCCUGCAUGCCUUAGCCCGCCUGUCGGAGAUCGACGUUUCGACGGAGGGUGUCAAGGGAGCCAAGAGCUUUUUCGAGGCCAAAGUGCAAGCCAUGAAUGUCACGAGCCGCUUCGAAGAGGAGAUCAAGGCGGAACAGGAAGAGAAGCGGCGGCAAGCGGAGGAGAUGAAGCAGAGGAAAGCAGCCUUCAAAGAACUGCAGUCGGCCUUCAAGCAGUGACAGGGCCAGCCCGAGCGCUGCUGGGAGGGACGUUUGUCCGCGGCGAAAGCUGCCCGGCAAAGUCCUCCAGCGAAACCGGGAACGAUGUGGAGUUGCCGGCGGUUGUGUGGUUCCCACCUUUUGAGUCGCGCCUUCAGCGGCCGCUUGAUCUGCAGGUGAUGAGGCUUACCUCCCUGCUGUGAAACAUUCCCAUUUUCUGCCGCUCAGGCAGCCGUUGAAGGUGCAAGAGCAGGCCCAGUUAGGGUUUCCUGGUCGGUUGGCAACCCUAAGAAUUUGCAGUUGAAUCUGGAGUCGUUCAGGCCUCGGGCUGUGAAAACGCCUCUCUUGUUUCUUCUUGGCCUGUAAAUACCACAGGCAAACAUCCCAGAGGCUGCUGCUCCCAUCCACUUCCCUGUGGGCCAGUUCCGUGUCUUUUUCCUGUGAAUGGUGUGUCUUGUCUGUCUGGUGGGAGUUUCUUAACUCUUUGUAACUGCGUGGCGUGUCCUGAGCUCAGGCUUUGCACUUUCGACUUGUGAACCAUUUCAUCUCCCAGCCGGUUUGGUGAUCGCUGUGGUCGUGGCUCAUGGUCAAAGACUGGGGUUUGCCGGGAAGGCCUGGACGUACCCUUGCUCCGGCAGCUGUGCUUGUGCAAAAGAAAAUAAGAAGGCAACUUUAGCAUGUGCAAUCCCUUCCAAUCAAUAAUGCUUUAAUUGAUCACGUUAAAGUCCCUUUGCUUGAAGUGUUGCCAAAAAACCAGGUGUGUGUGUGUGUGUGUGUGUGUGUGUGUGUGUGUGUGUGUGUGUGAUGGAAAGUGGGAAAUCUGCAGAGUCUCCAGGGUGGCUCAGUUUGCAAUGCCAGCCUGCAGAAUUUUGCCCUUUUCCUGAACAACAUGAGAAAUGAAAUGCAGCUCUCUGAAAUCCGCAUUCCUCUCUUCUUCUUCUUCUUCUUCUUCUUCUUCUUCUUCUUCUUCUUCUUCUUCUUCUUCUUCUUCUUCUUCUUCUUCUUCUUCUUCUUAUACGGUACUCCAGCCAAAGAAAUUGUGCAUGUGUUAGGUGGACGUGCACCUAAAAUGCACGUCGUCAUGGAAAAAGCUCCCCCCCCCCGAAAUACAUCUUACUAGAGCAAAAAUGCUUGGGGAAAUGGGUACGUCCGGCAAAAUUGCAUACACAAAUCUGUAUGUUAGGGAAAUGUGCACUCAAAUGCUGAGUAAUUUUCAUGAAGACUUUAAAAAACGGCAAACCAGUGCAGGACUGGGGCAAGCUGAACUGAAGACUGGGAAAAUUUGAAACCGAAAAGGACUCAUUCCUACCACAUUGCAGCAUCAAAGCUAAGCUCAAGCUAGUUUAGUUGAAUGUGUUUUCCAAGUGCCCCUGCCCUUGCUUGCAGGCAACAGAGGCUGGUCCAUUCCCCACCAAUCUUAGCCAGCCCCCCCCCAGUUGCCUCCCUUACAGCCAAUCCAAAGGAGUGGCCCUUCCUAUAUCCUGAGUCUUAAUGUUGCCGCUUGAGAAAUCAACAGGGAGGAGGACGGCAACAAAGCCAGAAUGGGUAGUAGGCACUGCCUGUCGUUGUCUCUGGCGCCACCUACUGUUGGCCUCCCUGCUUUCCACCCUACUGGUCCCAGUGGGCACCAGUUACCGCUGCUUGAAGGUGAGGAUGGGCUGAAGUGCUUCCCCCUCUUAAGCAUUGCAUUUUUGUUCACCUGGGCAGGGGGUCGCGCUUCUUCCUUGCGAGGGAGUUGUGCUUCCUCCUGCUCACACUGCGGGCAGGAAGGUGAUGUGUUGGCUCCCUGGCCGUUACCAUUGGCAAAGCGGGCUGGGUGUAUUCAGCCUUAUUGUCCCCAAGAACUUGAGGAGAGAGAGCUGUGUUGGUCACACACACACCCCAAUGAUUCCCUCCCCACCCCCACCCCGCAAUUAGGCUGGAGACUUGAGAUUUUGUCACCCUAGACUCAUGGUUCAUAGGUUCACUAGCCAAUACAGGAAACCCAUUGCCCUGAAGGGCAGCCAUCUUCUUCUAAGCCUGUGACAAAGUUGGCACAUUCCAUUGCGUCUAGGUUGCAUCCGCUCAAUACUGUGAGUUUCUCGGCCUCCCAUCAAAUAUCUGUACUAGAUAGGGAGCCUUGUCCUUGUAAGUCGCAAAUUAGUUCAUCGCUCCGUAAGUUUGCCAUUUUAAAAGGUGCUGCUGCUUAGGAAAAAGAAAGUGGUCUGACAUACAUAUUUUGGUGAAAUAAUAAUAAUAAUAAUAAUAAUAAUAAUAAUAAUAAUAAUUUUUUAUGGUGUUGCCCCUCCCACCACCCUUAUUUUAGCACCAUCUACAGAUGCCCUCAACUUCCAGUGCAGUGUGAAUCAAGGCCUUAACCAUGCUGCAUGGGGCCGUGGGGUCAAAGGGCAUUGUAAGUUGGGCUAUUGCUAGAAAAGCAUAACAUUGAAUCAUAGAAUUGUAGAGUUGGAAGGGACCUCAAGGGGCAUCUAGUCCAACCCCCUGCAAUGCUUGUUUGGCCCAAGGUGGGGCUUGAAGCCACAACUCUACCAACUGAGCUAGUCCAGAAAAAUCAUGCCUCUCUCUCUCUCUCUCUCUCUCUCUCUCUCUCUCUCUCUGUGUGUGUGUGUGUGUGUGUGUGUGUUUUAUAUCAUGGCAAUAACCCAAGUGCUGAAGUUGUGAUGCAACAGGCAACUCUUCUUGCAGAAAAGUAUAAAGCUAUCUUUAAAAAAAGAAAAGCCUUUUUCAUACCUACACGUUCUGGGCAAAUCCACCCAAAUCUGGGCAAAACUUGUAAGAAAAGUGUAAUAGUCUAUAUUCAUGUUGAAUGUUCAGGCUGGGAGACCACCCCUAAGUGCUUUUAAAUGUUCAAAUGGCUUAAUCCGGAUUAUUAUUCUGUUUUAAUUUUUUGCAUGCACUGUGAUCAUUAAAGAGACAACUCCCAGUUGUCAAGUUCAGGUUCUGAAGCAGAAACCCUCAGUGUGUUUGACAAGGGGAGAAAUCUACUCCAAAAAAUACUUUUUUAGCUCAAAGCUCAAAAAGGAAAGUGAUAGAAUUAGCAUUGCCAACUUUUUAAUUCCCGUGGAAGCAUUCCUGUAUAAAGGUGGGGUGGGGUUUUUUUGGAGGGAAGGGGUGGUUUUCCAUACACUUGAAGUGCCCCCUUUGGGAUGUGCAAAGUAAAAAUUAUUGUGACCUGCAGACUUUGAUAGGCGGCAGUGUGUUUCUUGAUGCCACAUUCGACCUGCUCAUUUCUGAUUAUAUUGCAGUGGAGGAGGACAGGCAACUAUUUUUCUUAGAAGUUGGCAAUGCUGAAUAGACCACUUUGUUUUUGAGACUUGAGGCAGCAACAAGGGAAAACUGUGCCCUUGGCGGAAUAGGCUCCCUGAGCAAAGCUGAGCUUUAAAAGCCAGAGAGUUGACAUUAUAUUUUGUUACAUAUAUAUUUUGUUACCCAGCAAAAAUAAAAAAAGAAGUCCAUUCUCUCCCAUUUGCCAUGUGAAAUCCCCUCUGGUCUCCUCCUUACCUUUCUUUAUUAUUGUGGCAAAAGUCCCGCUGAUCUCAGAGACUUUGUUUAUUUUUUCAUAUUGCGACCAUAGGUGGUUGGGGGUCCAGAGUGGGGAGGAGGUUUAAGAAAGUGUUAUAUUCAGUCUCUCUCUUGCCAUUUUUCUCAACCUGUUUCCCUCCCACCCACCCACCAAAUAGGUUUAAAUGGAUGGAUUGAAAAGAAUGUGUUUCUGCUUUUGAUUCCAAAAGCUGCUCCAUUUCAGUGGUAUGAUUUUAUUUUUUUUAACCAAAAGUAAUUAAAAAAUAUAUUUCAUAAGCA